CCCAGGCUAGACGUUUCCAUCCGCCUCCGCCGUUCAAUCCUUCACAACGACCUCCUACAAUUAACCCGACUCCUGAAAAACCAUCCAAAAUACCUCCCGAAUCCGGAUGCCUUGGCAAACUCCUCUCUACACCUAGCAGCACAAUCCGGCCACUUGCCCAUCGUCGAUUACCUCAUAACCUGCACGUCCCAUGAAGACAGCGGGAUAUCGCGGAACGCGAAUGGGGAUACCCCGCUGAUGCUGGCGGCGGAGGGCGGGCACGAGGAAGUUGUUAGCAUGCUCGCAGAGAGGUUUGGUAGACUGGAUUAUAGAAAUAAAGCUGGCGCUACGGCUUUGAUACUCGCCGCCAGGGCCGGGAGGGACGGAGUUGUUGGGAUUUUGCUUGACGGAGGCUCGGAUGUUGAUGCUGUUGAUGGGUUGGGGAAUACAGCUUUGCACGUAGGUUCCCCCAUACCCGGGAGUAGGGGAGGGGCAGGCUUCAAAGAAGCGAGCUAAUUUGGAGCAGUACGCUUCGGCAUAUGGCCAUUUUAAUGUCGUCUGGACGCUAUUUGAGCGUGGGGCCACCUUUGACAAACCGAACCGGCAGGGGUUUACACCAGAAGUGUACUCAUACACGAAAAAGGUGGAGCAGUAUUUCAAGCAGCUAGUGCAGGAGCGGGAGAAGCGGUGGAUGCAAGAGUCACGAUCAAGAGCCGAG